AUGAUUCAGCCUCUUUCUUCUCCAAGUCGUACAUCAAAAAUCAGUUCUUCACCUUAUCGAGAAUUAAGGAGUAACCAAUUGUCUGAUCUACCAAUGACAUUAUCUUCUUGUCUAAAAUUGCGUGAUAUCUAUUUGUCUUUAAAUCGUUUUACUCUUCUUCCCUCGGUUAUAUAUGAGUGUAUUAAGCAUUUGGAAUUAGGAGGUAACCGAUUUAGAACUCCUCGUCCAGCAAUAUUAACAAAAGGUACAGCUGCUUUGUUAGAAUAUCUUAGAGACAGAAUCUCAAAGUAA